AUGGCAGAGGGUGAAGGAAGAGAACAACCCAGAAAGAGAUGUUCACUGAAGGACUUGACAGGAGCGCCCUUCGUUGGGUUCGAGAGUGUUAUUAGGAUCUGGAACAAGGAAGUUCCAUUCUCUGCAACUGCUAAUUUGGGACCCAGAAUUGAUCCGAUGACUACACACAUCCGGAGUGGUGGUGGUGGCAGAGGAUUUGGGCUCCCCCCGGCGUCUAAAUUUAGAAGUGGGCACUUGCCUUCCAAUGCCAUACCCGUUUCUCGGGCAAUUCCUGGUGAUGGGGAUGAAAGUGGGUCUGCUUCUGAUAAUGACAGGACCACUGAUUCAGAAGACGGCGUGUAUGGGGGUAGAUACUCGCUGGAUUCGUCACCGCAGGAUGAGAGGGUUCCUAGUGCGGCUAGCGCUCAUAGGUAUGGGAAACCGUCAAAUGGGCAACCGCGUUACAGCAGUGAUUAUAUGUACUCAGAUGUUAGUUCAUCGAUGGACACUGUUGUGGGGAGACAUAAGCCUGUGGCAGAGAGGCUGGCGAGGGGAAGUGAGAGGUAUCCGGUUGGGCAGAACGGUUAUGCUGAGGAUGAGUCAUCUGAUUCGGCUGGGAGCUCAGAGUUUUCUACUUCACAAGCAGGAGGAGGAAGCAUCAACAGUGCGGUGCCACAUGGUAGAGCUUAUGCUUCGGAAGGAUAUAACUCGAGUGUGCAGUCAAAGAGGAACUUGGGGAGUACUGAUGAAAAGGGUUUGCGUUCCAGAAUUCUGCAGAGUGAAAAGUUAUCUGACGAUGAUGAUGUUCCGAGUGCUCCACCAUUUUGUGGUGCAGCUCAGGAAAUUAAACAGAAUCAGCAAAGUCCAGCUAGAAUACAUAGAACACAACAUACACCCUCUUCAUCAGACCAAUUUGUGAGAACUGCUAAUACUUCCGAAGCUGCUGCAUCCUCAUGUCCAGCUCCCGUUCCCACAUUUUAUGCAAGUGCUCUUGGGCCAUGGCAUGGUGUCAUCGCAUAUGAUGCAUGUGUGCGUCUUUGCCUUCAUGCUUGGGCAAUGGAGUGCAUGGAAGCUCCUAUGUUUUUGGAAAAUGAAUGUGCUCUAUUACGAGAUUCAUUCAAUUUACGGCAAGUGCUUUUACAAUCAGAGGAAGAAUUGUUGGCGAAGCGCACUUCAGAGAUUGCCAAUGAGAAAGCUGCUCCAAAACCUAAGAAAAUAGUUGGGAAGAUGAAAGUGCAAGUGCGUAAAAUUAAAGUGGGUCUGGAGCCCCCUACUGGAUGUAGCAUUACGGCAUUAAGGCCGCCAGUUAUCAAACUGGAAGCCAUUCGAUCUCGCUUCUCCAGCUUACAGUCUACAAUCACUUCUGGAUGGCAAGCCCUUCGGAAUAUUCGUGUUGCACCUCGUGUACCUGCAAAUGGUUCUUUUUCACGUCAAAGUUUAGCAUAUGUGCAGGCUGGUACUCAGUAUAUAAAACAGGUGUCUGGACUCUUGAAAACUGGAGUAACUACUCUGCGCAGCAAUUCGUCCUCAUAUGAAGUUGUGCAAGAAACGUACUCUUGUCUUUUGAGACUGAAAAGUUCAGCUGAGGAAGAUGUCAUCAAAAUGCAACCUGGAUCUGGUGAAACUCACGUCUUCUUUCCAGAGAGUUUGGGGGAUGAGCUAAUAAUUGAAAUCCUUGAUUCAAAGGCACAGCAUUUUGGCCGAGUCCAUGCUCAAGUGGCAACUAUUGCUGAUGAUCCAGCUGACAAGCAGCGCUGGUUCUCUGUCUAUCGUGAACCCGAACAUGAGCCUGUAGGAAAGAUACAGCUAUCAGUAUAUUAUUCAACAAGUUCAGAUGAAACUCCCAAGUGUGGUUCGGUUGCUGAAACGGUGGCAUAUGACAUUGUCUUAGAAGUUGCUAUGAAGGUUCAGCAUUUUCAACAAAGGAGUCUAUUGUUGCAUGGUCCAUGGAAAUGGCUUUUAACAGAGUUUGCAUCAUAUUAUGGCGUUUCUGAUGUAUACACCAAGCUAAGAUACCUAUCGUAUGUUAUGGAUGUUGCAACACCAACAGCUGAUUGCCUGAAUCUGGUGUAUGAUUUACUAAAGCCUGUUUUAAUGAAAGGCUACAAUAAGAGCAUGUUGAGUUUCCAAGAGAACCGUAUAUUAGGAGAGACUAAGGACCAAAUAGAACGAAUUCUUGCUCUAGCAUUUGAGAACUAUAAGUCCUUGGAUGAAUCAUCACUUUCGGGUAUUAUGGAAGUUUUUCGACCGGCUACUGGGGAUGCUGCACCUGCAUUGGAGCCAGCUGUUAAACUUUACACGCUUCUUCACGAUGUAUUGUCUCCUGAGGUUCAGACUGCUUUAUGCCACUAUUUCCAGGUUGCUGCAAGAAAGAGAUCCAGAAGGCACUUGACUGAGACUGAUGAAUAUACUACCAACAACAGUGAAGGAAUUUUGUCGGAUCCUUUGACUAUUACGACAGCUUAUCAGAAAAUGAAAUCCCUGUGCCUUAAUAUUAGGAAUGAAAUCCGAACUGAUAUUGAGAUCCAUGAUCAGCAUAUACUCCCCAGUUUCAUAGACCUCCCACAUCUGUCAUCAUCCAUAUACAGCACAGAGCUAUGCACUAGAUUGCGGGCUUUCCUCAUUGCUUGCCCACCAUCAGGCCCUUCACCGCCUGUAGCAGAACUUGUUAUUGCCACAGCAGAUUUUCAGAGGGACCUUGCCAGCUGGAACAUCAGUAAUAUUAAAGCUGGAGUUGAUGCAAAAGACUUGUUCCACCUAUAUAUUAUGUUGUGGGUUCAAGAUAAGCGCCAAAGUUUGCUCGAAGUAUGCAAGUUAGACAAGGUGAAAUGGUCAGGAGUUAAGACACGACAUUCCACAACUCCUUUUGUUGAUGAAAUGUAUGAGCGUCUUAAAGGAACUUUGAGUGACUAUAAAGUUAUCAUUUGCCGAUGGCCAGAAUAUACCUUUGUUUUAGAGAGUGCUAUUGCUGAUGUUGAGAAGGCGAUAAUAGAGUCCUUGGACAAGCAAUAUGCAGAUGUACUAGCUCCUUUGAAGGAAAAUUUGGCACCAAAGAAGUUUGGCCUUAAAUAUGUUCAGAAACUUGCCAAACGAUCUGUGUGUUCAUAUACUGUUCCUGACGAGCUUGGAAUCCUGUUAAAUUCGUUGAAGAGAAUGCUCGAUGUUCUCCGGCCCCAAAUAGAAGUCCAAUUCAGAUCAUGGGCUUCCUGUAUCCCGGAUGGUGGACAAUCAGCUCCUGGAGAGCGUCUUAGUGAAGUUACCGUAAUGCUGAGAGCGAAGUUCAGAAACUACCUCCAAGCAGUUGUGGAAAAGCUGGCAGAGAAUACAAAGUUGCAGAGUGCUACAAAGCUGAAAAAGAUUCUGCAAGAUUCAAAGGAAACUGUGGUAGAAUCUGAUGUGAGAAGUAGAAUGCAGCCUUUAAAAGACCAACUCACAAGUACAAUAAACCACCUCCACACAGUCCUGGAGACUCAUGUCUUCAUUGCAGUCUGUCGUGGUUAUUGGGAUCGAAUGGGACAAGAUGUACUAAGUUUCUUGGAAAACCGAAAGGAAAACAGAUCUUGGUACAAGGGCUCACGAGUUGCUGUCUCUGUUUUAGACGACACAUUUGCAUCACAGAUGCAGCAGUUGCUGGGCAAUGCACUGCUGGAGAAAGACCUGGAGGCCCCGAGAUGCAUCAUGGAAGUCAGAUCGAUGCUGUGCAAGGAUGCAGCCCAUCAGAAGGACAACAGCUAUUACUUUUAGAUACUAACAUGUUAAUAUGAGCGGAGGUCAUGGAAUGUCAUGAAGUAGUGAUGCCGAACUUGGGGGAUGAUAACGUUUGUGAUGGAUCAUCUUUUUUGGCCUGCUUAUAUAUCAAAAACCACGUCGCUUUGGUUACUGAUGAUGUGUAUAAAGCCCGGCGCUGCUAAUUAGUUCUGUAGAGAGAGCAAGCAACUCGGCUGCUCCAGUACCAAAAGCCUGCUCUGCUCUAUGUUCCACCCGUACUUCUCAUAGAUUAUAGCAACUAGAAACUCAAAUUCACAUUUUUUGUAAUACACAUACAGUAUAUGGCCCAACUAAUAGCCUUGCCUCGACGCAAUUUUGUUAUACUACUUUUGAAAAUGCCGUGAACUCAUUCUUCCAAAUACAAACAGAUCCAUCCUACG